UUGUUUUGAUUUAAAGCCGAAAAAGUUUAAUGAAAAUGGCAUUCGAGGUUCCGCCAUGGGACAACGGUGUUGAAGUUAUUAAAUUCAAGCCAGUGCAGGUAGCGAGCAAUGGAGCUACUGGCAAAACGAAAGCCAAAAAACAAAAGAAGAAAAAACCAAAGGUGAAAAAGCAUGCCGACCAAUCGAAUUCCACAAACGCAACUGCAACAGGCUACAGAUUGGGCAAGGGACCACUCGCGCCGCCAGCGGAAUCAUCGGACGACGAAGCAGACGAUGGACUGCGUGCCAUGCACAAGAUAAGAAUGGGACGGAUUGAAAAACAGCGGCCAGUCACUCAAACUGCGAAGGAUAACAAAAAGAAGCAGCUAAAAUUGAAACCCGCUAUGAUUGGAGCCGCUGUCGAGGCCAUGGAAACCUCCGCAUCCGUCGUAAGUGCUGCUCCUACACCUGCUACGCUGGCCAACAAGUUGCAAUCGGAGUUGCUUGGUGGACGUUUUCGCUAUAUUAACGAACAGCUCUACACAAUGAACAGCCAGAAGGCCGAGAAGCUUUUCAAAAACGACGACGAAGCCUUUGAAGCUUAUCAUGCGGGCUAUCGCCAACAGGUGGAGAAAUGGCCCACAAAUCCCUUGGCGCGCAUUAUCAAGAUCAUCAAAAGAUUGUCGAAGACCCUUAUCAUUGGGGACUUUGGCUGCGGAGACGGUAAACUGGCUCAGUCAGUGCCCAACAAGGUGUACUCCAUGGAUUUGGUGUCCACGCGAGAGGACAUCAUUGCCUGCAACAUAACGAAUACACCGUUGGAAGCCCGAUCCCUGGACGUGGCUGUUUACUGUCUCUCGCUGAUGGGUACCAACCUGAAUGAUUAUCUGCUGGAAGCGAAUCGAGUACUGAAGCUUCAUGGCAUCGUGCAUAUAGCUGAGAUUCAAUCCCGUUUCGAAGAUGUGCGGGAAUUUGUGCGCUUUAUGGGAAGCUGUGGAUUCGACUUGGUGAAAAAGGACGUGGCUGUAAAUUACUUUUAUUUCUUUCAAUUUCGUAAGAUGCGACAUGUGGACAAGCAGGUGAAACUGAAGCCCUUCUCUCUAAAGCCGUGUCUCUAUCGUAAACGUUAAAGUAGAUUGUACAUUUAAUAAAUGUAGUUAAAAAA